GGCGGGCGGAGGCGCGCCGCCAUUUAAGGAGCCGCGGGGCGGGGUCUGGGUGAGUGUGCGUCGGGAGUGUGGCUGCAGUUGGGUUUUGUGACCAUGUCUCUGCAGGCUGAUUUUGAUAGGAUCGCCGAAGAUGUGAAGAAGAUGAAAACAAGGCCAAAUGAUGGAGAACUGAAAGAACUCUAUGGGCUCUACAAACAAUCUGUAGUUGGCGACAUUAAUAUUGAGUGUCCAGGAAUAUUAGAUUUAAAAGGCAAGGCUAAAUGGGAAGCAUGGAACCUCCAAAAAGGGUUAUCGAAGGAAGAUGCCAUGAGUGCGUACAUUGCUAAAGCAAAAGAGCUGAUAGAAAAAUAUGGAAUUUAAAAUUCAGCUAUGAGAAAGUUUUUCUUUUGAAACCUUCAUAAUGCUAUCAUGACCUAACAUCUGGAUAAGAAAUGCACUGUUAACUCUACAUGUCGUGAAUAUUUUUGCCAUUAACAUGAAUUGUAAUCCUUAAUUAGCGGUACACUGAAACUGUGUUAUGUAAUGAAAUUUUACUUGCCUAAACCA